AUGGUUUUAACUACAGAGCAAAUAAACCUGAUUGGACAAGUAUUUGAAUCAUAUAUUCUGGCAUAUCACCAAAAUGACGUCUUGCAGAUUUUAAGGGAAAAAGAUGAUGAUGCCCAUUACCCAGUUAUUGUUGAUGCAUUGACACUUUUUGAAACCAACAUGGAAAUUGGUGAAUAUUUUAAUGCCUUCCCCAAUGAAGUGCUUCCCAUUUUUGAUAAUGCAUUGCGUAGAACAGCUGCGACAGUUUGUCAGUCAGCUUCCCAAGCCCAGGAAUUCAUCAUUAAACAGAAUCUCCAUGCCAGAGUAUCAGGUUUACCUGUGUGCCCAGAACUAACGAGAGACCACAUCCCAAAGACUAGAGACGUAGGGCAUUUCUUGUCAGUCACUGGCACUGUUAUUCGGACCAGCCUAGUGAAAGUCCUGGAAUUUGAGCGGGAUUACAUGUGCAAUAAAUGCAAGCACAUCUUUGUGGUCAAGGCUGACUUUGAACAAUAUUAUGCCUUCUGUCGUCCAUCAACCUGCCCUGGGAAAGAAGGUUGCACCUCCUCAAAGUUCACUUGUCUCUCUGGAACAUCCUGUGCUCCCAGUAGAUGCAAAGACUAUCAAGAGAUAAAGAUUCAAGAGCAGGCUCAAAGGCUUUCUGUUGGAAAUAUUCCCCGUUCUAUGAUGGUGGUCCUUGAAGAUGAUUUAGUUGACGGUUGCAAAUCUGGUGAUGACAUUACAGUUUAUGGAGUAGUGAUGCAAAGAUGGAAGCCUUUUCACCAGGAUUCCCGCUGUGAUGUAGAGAUUGUUUUAAAGGCCAAUUAUAUUCAAGUCAAUAAUGAGCAAAUUACGGGCAUCACAAUUGAUGAGGAUGUUCGCAAAGAAUUUAAAGAUUUUUGGGAAAGACACAGGAAUGACCCUUUAGCAGGGAGGAAUGAAAUUUUAGCAAGCUUGUGUCCUCAGAUUUUUGGAUUAUAUCUUGUGAAACUGGCUGUAGCUAUGGUGCUCGCGGGAGGGGUACAGAGAACAGAUAAUACCGGCACUCGGGUUAGAGGUGAAUCACAUCUUUUAUUGGUUGGAGACCCCGGUACUGGUAAAUCUCAAUUUCUGAAAUAUGCAGCAAAGAUUACUCCACGAUCUGUACUUACAGCAGGAAUUGGAUCUACUAGUGCAGGUUUGACUGUAACUGCUGUGAAAGAUUCUGGAGAAUGGAAUUUGGAGGCUGGUGCACUGGUCCUGGCCGAUGGAGGCCUCUGCUGCAUAGAUGAGUUUAACAGCAUCAAGGAACAUGACAGAACAAGCAUCCAUGAGGCCAUGGAGCAGCAAACCAUCAGUGUUGCCAAGGCUGGUUUAGUGUGCAAACUGAAUACAAGGACCACAAUUUUGGCAGCAACCAAUCCAAAGGGCCAAUAUGACACUAAUGAAUCCAUCUCUGUCAACAUAGCCCUUGGAAGCCCUCUUCUUAGCAGGUUUGAUCUUGUUUUGGUAUUGUUGGAUACAAAAAAUGAAGAAUGGGAUCACAUAAUUUCAUCCUUCAUACUGGAAAAUAAAGGCUGCCCAAGCACAUCUGAAAAGCUCUGGUCUAUGGAAAAAAUGAAAACUUACUUCUGCCUUAUCAAGAAUCUCCAGCCAACACUGACCAAUGAAAGCCACCUGAUCCUUGUUCGCUACUAUCAAAUGCAGCGGCAGAGCGACUGCCGGAACGCAGCCCGAACCACCAUCCGCUUAUUAGAGAGCUUGAUCCGGCUCGCUGAAGCACAUGCUCGAUUGAUGUUCAGGGAAAUUGUAACUGUGGAAGAUGCAGUAACAGUGGUUUCAGUGAUGGAAUCCUCCAUGCAGGGAGGUGCACUUCUUGGUGGUGCCAAUGCACUCCACACUUCCUUUCCUGAAAAUCCGAUGGAACAAUAUAGAAUGCAGUGUGAACUAAUCUUGAAAAAGCUGGAAUUGGAACACCUUCUGCAGGAGGAAUUAAGAAGGCUUGACAGGUUUUUACAGAAUGGAAAUUUAAGCCCAUCUCUGCAAUGCAUAGGAGCAUCUUUAAAUAAUGACAUGUUUGGGGAAUUAGAGCAGAGGAUUCAUUCCCAACAUUCAGAAAAAGAAGAAAAUAACAUUCAGUUUCAACCUUUCUCAGCCAAAGUAAGUUCUGAUGCUGAUACGCAUCUGGGAUUCCCAACCAGACAAGAAUCUAAUGAUGCCCAAGUAAGAGAAAAAUUGAAGAGUCUUAAUGAGAGCAACAGUGAUAACACUUUGAAUUGGUUUGAUAGUAUAGCAGAAGGUAACAUGGAAAGUGAGAAGGUCACUUGUGAUUUUCCAGUUGCAGUAACAUCUCAGGACAAUCUGGCUUUGGAAGCAACAAAUAGUAGAUCUUCUAAAAAGACCAACUGUUUAAGAGAAGCUGAGCAAACCAAGAAGAGGGAAUCAGUGACAAAAGAAGACCAGGGGGACUCUUGUAUACAGACUAUUUUUUCCUUUGAGAGGAUACAAAAGCCUAUAAACUCCCCUUCAGGGGCAAGCCAUAAAGGUUCAGGUGCUACACCUGGCACACCUAAUUCAGUCAUUACUCAAAGAGCCUCUAAGAAGUGGCGGAAGAGAAACAUUGAGAGCAUCCAGAGAUUUUGUAUAAAAACAGCAGAUUCCAAGACUGAGGAUCAUCAACCUCCAUUAUCUUCUCAUCCUGCAAUUAUCCCAAAUUGCCCUGGAAAAGAUACUGGAGCUUCUCCGUAUCACAAUGUGCCUUCAAGGCACUUGACAUCAGCAACAUUAAAUCGGAAGCGAAAUAGAGACCAAACCAACAAAGUAAGAAAUUGCAAUGAACCUGCCGUCCCUGAGAACUCAGAAGCUGCCCCUGCUAAGUUCUCUAAAUUUUCCUUUCAACGAAAGCCUAAGCUAACUCUGUCUCCUGAAAAUGAGGGACAUCACACGUUACAGGAGACUAUUUACAACCCUGACCUUUUUACCCCAAGUACAUCGAAAGGAGAACAUCUGACGGAAGAAGAUCCUGAUAAACAUCAGGGAAGCCAUAGUCUUAACACAGGAAAUACGGCCAAGGAGAAACAAGCCGGUGAAAACAAGAAAGAGGAAGAGAAGCCAAAGCCAGCUAAGGCCACCGCCAUUUCUUUCACAAAAACACCAGGGGCAAGAAUAGAACAUGGGGACCGUCCAGACUCAAGAAAAGUGUGCUCCAGCACUUUGGCAAAGCUAGCAAAAUUUGCCUUUACACCAUCAGAUGAAUCUCCAGUUUCCUUGAAUAUCACCACUAAGGAAAAAAUGAGAGAAAGGCAGCCAUUGAAGACUCAGAAAGAUUGUGCAGAACCCACCCGGAAGUGCUUUGAAUUAGGAGGCACACACAGAAUUCCAGGGAAAUCAUUGUUCUCAGUAACUGAUUUGGACGAUGCACUCUUGGACUUUGACUGGGAUGGAGAGGUUCAGAAAUAUGCUAAAACUUAAACCUUAAUGCCUGCUACCUUCUCAAAAAUAUAUUGUGGUACUUUUAUAAAUGCUUUAAUUUCUUGAUGGGGGAAUAAUGCUGCAAAUAAUAAGCAACCUAACAGAUUUUUUAAAAUUGAAUCGGGUUCUAAAAAGACCAUGCUCGUACAACACACUUGCAAAAAUGUGAUGCUAUUGGAAUGCUCAAAGUGAAAUAAACUUGGUGCUCUCCAACUCACCAGGUAAAGGCAACAGCCCUGAAAAAUACACCUCCUUCCUGGGUUUUCUCUUCAUUGAGAGCUAGUAUAAAUACUAGCAGUAUUGGGAAAUCCGGUGGUAGAUUGGGAAUGUUUCUCUUUUUUAUGUCUGUUUAAGCAUAUGGGUUUGAUAGAGGACACACAUCAUGUUAAAUUGAGUUACAGUAUCACAUUUUUGCAUCAUUUUGUGUCAACAUGCGCAAUGUCACUUGUCUUCCUUCCUGCAGAUAUCCUGUGAUAUUAAGACCUUUCCAACAAUGAGCUUCAGAUUUUCAGAGGACAUUGUUCAGGGCCUAAGGUUUAUGUGGACUAGGGGUGUUAUAUUCCAUGAUCAGGACAGAGAUGUAUAAAACUACA